AUGAGUGAGCUGGAUUCCUACAGCUUUCAGCGCCAAUCCAAAGAACAUCCAAAGCGGUCCGAGAGCCAGCCACUUUUGGAUGGUUUAGAUAAGAUUGGGCAAUAUUAUGGUAAUCAAAACCAAAACCAAAACGCUAGACCAGGCCGCCAAUCGUCAAUUUCCGCCUUAGACCUACUUCGAAAUGAACCUCCACCACAACAGAAUUCCCGACCGUUUCUUCAGACAAUUCUUUCUGGAGGGUAUACAGUUCUGAAUCCCAAUUCGUCAUCACUUGAUGUUAACCAGUAUGCGUUUCAGGACGGGGCUUCAAUGGCCAGUAUGGAUUUAGAGAGCAAUUCAGGUUGGAGCUCUCACAGAAGACUUAAUAUUUUGAGCGUUCUAAGACCAGAGAAAUUGAUUGGCAAAUUCAUACCGUUGACUAAUUGGAGUGACAAGAUAAAAAAGAAUCCGGAACGAAUACGCAACAAGGGGUUACGAGAGUUUUACCAAGAACAAAACGUUCUUUUACUUCGCUACCAAGAAAUCGACAGAUUGUUGGAUUACGGGAAAAUUCACCUCAAUAUGCUCUCCACUUAUAAAGAUUCAGGUAACAGUAUCCUGAAUACUACUGGCUGUGAUGAAGGCAUGAGUAAUAAUCUUUUGGGACUGACUGAAAUGGAACAGAGCUUGUCUAAAUCCAGAUUUAACGACCUACCUGGAAAUAUCAAUGAAGGCGGGCAGUUUUUGGGCUACAACAAAGAGGAGAGCUCUCAAGAAAUACGAGUCGCUAUUUUAGUUAAUUUCUUCAUCAACUUUUUAUUGUUGAUAGGAAAGACCCUUAUUCUGUUUAUGACAUCAUCAUUGUCUGUCGUUGCAUCUUUGGUCGACUCAGUUCUCGAUUUCUUGUCAACUUUCAUUAUUUACAUUGCUAACAAGCUAUCUGAGACCAAUAAUUGGAGGACGAAAUUCACAUAUCCAAUUGGAAGAAAGAAACUUGAGCCCUUAGGAAUCUUAAUUUUUUCUGUGAUCAUUAUCAUAUCCUUUUUUCAAGUCGGCUUGGAAUCUGCUAAAAGGUUGUUACUCUCUACAAGAGAAACCCGCGUAGCGGUGAAAGUAGGGCGAGAAGCUACCGCCGUUAUGAUCUCAACUAUCGUUGCAAAAAUUGCAUGCUGGUGGUGGUGCUCGCUCAAUAAGUCUAGUUCGGUCCAAGCCUUGGCCCAAGAUGCAAUGACAGACAUUAUCUUUAACUCUGUAUCAUUAGUCGUGCCCACAUUGGGGUACUAUCUUGAUACGUGGUGGCUUGAUCCAGCGGGUGCGUUAUCCCUUUCAUUGUAUGUUAUAGUAUCGUGGAGUAUCACAGCCUUUGAGCAUGUUGAUAAUUUGACAGGGACAUCUGCAGACCCAUUAGAUUAUAAAGUCGUCUUGUAUUUGGCCUACCGGUUUGCAGAAUGUAUCAAACAGAUCACUUCGUUGAAAGUAUAUCAUGUGGGAGACAAUGUCAAUGUUGAAAUCGAUCUAGUAUUCAACACUGAUGAUUACGAUUUGAGUUUUAAGGACGCCCAUGAUAUUGCAGAAGCCCUUCAAUAUGCCAUCGAAACCCUUCCCAUGGUUGAACGAGCUUUUGUUCAUAUCGAUUACAUGGAAGGCAACUUCAAGGGUCAUUUAAAUUAA